AAAACCAAGUCUUCUUUUUCUUUUCUUUUCUUUUUCCUUUUCCUCUCUCAAUUAUUUGCUCACUCUCUCUCUCUAUCGAUCUCGAGCUGAAAUCUAAAAAUCAAAGAAUAUGUAUGCCAAUUUUAAGGAGCACGCUAUUGAGUAUGUUAAGCAGGCAGUUCAGGAGGAUAAUGCUGGAAACUAUAGCAAGGCGUUUUGCCUGUAUAUGAAUGCACUAGAGUACUUCAAAACCCAUUUAAAGUACGAGAAAAACCCGAAGAUUAAGGAGGCGAUCACUCAGAAAUUUGUUGAGUACUUGAGGAGGGCAGAGGAGGUUAGGGCCAUUCUUGAUAGCGGUGCAAGCGGACCUAAAUCGAAUGGCGGCGCAGCAGCUGAUGCGCCGCAGAAGCCAAAGUCGAAGGGUGGAGAUGCAAAGGAUGGGGAGGAUCGGGAACAAGCGAAGCUCAGGGCUGGCCUUGAUUCCGCGAUAAUUAGGGAGAAGCCAAAUGUGAAGUGGAGUGAUGUGGCUGGGCUUGAGAGUGCCAAACAAGCUUUGAAAGAGGCUGUCAUAUUGCCGGUUAAGUUCCCACAAUUUUUCACUGGAAAGAGACGACCAUGGAGGGCUUUUCUGUUAUACGGUCCACCUGGAACAGGGAAGUCCUAUUUGGCAAAGGCUGUUGCUACUGAAGCAGAUUCAACUUUCUUCAGUGUUUCUUCAUCAGACCUUGUCUCAAAAUGGAUGGGAGAAAGUGAAAAGCUAGUUUCAAAUCUUUUCCAAAUGGCUCAUGAGAAUGCUCCGUCUAUUAUUUUCAUUGAUGAGAUAGAUUCCUUGUGUGGCCAACGUGGUGAAGGCAAUGAGACUGAAGCAUCUCGACGUAUCAAAACAGAACUUCUUGUACAGAUGCAGGGUGUUGGGAAUGACGAUCAGAAAGUUCUUAUUCUUGCAGCCACGAAUACUCCGUAUUCCCUGGAUCAGGCCAUCCGCCGACGUUUUGAUAAGCGAAUAUACAUCCCUCUCCCAGAUUUGAAGGCCAGGCAGCAUAUGUUUAAGGUUCAUCUUGGAGAUACUCCUCAUAAAUUGAAAGAAAGUGAUCUUGAAAAUUUGGCUCGGAAAACUGAAGGAUUCUCUGGUUCAGAUAUAGCUGUCUGUGUUAAAGAUGUGUUAUUUGAACCUGUCCGUAAAACCCAGGAUGCUAAAUUCUUUAGGAAGAGGUCUAGUGGCAUGUGGGUGCCUUGCAAACCUACUAAACGAGGAGCUGUUGAGAUUACCCUACAGGAACUUGACGCGCAAGGUCUUGGUUCAAAGAUUUUGCCGCCGCGUAUUAAAAGAUCAGAUUUUGCGAAGGUAUUUUCAAGGCAAAAGCCAACAGUGAGCAAAGCUGAUCUUGAAGUACAUGAGAGAUUCACCAAGGAGUUUGGAGAGGAAGGCUGAAUUGCUUUCAUAAAAACCAUUUAGAUUUACAAGCAUAGCGUGCAAAGAACAUGUAAUAAAACAUCAUAUGUAAUUUACAAACCCAUACACAAAGUGUCGAGUAAAUCCAAGCAAAGUGUAAUUUACAAGCAAGAUAACAAGCGCCGCCUUUUUUGUUGGCUCGUUUAGAUCUUAGAAAAGACGGAGAGAGAGACUGCUAGGUUUUGUAAGUGUUGAACGAUGAUAUUAUAACUGUUACGCUCUUAACAGAUAA